AUGACUGACGGAAAUGUGUUCGUGUGGAUGAUGAGAACAGCCAAGAACACGGCUAAGACCACGAUAGUAUACGUGUUGGUUCUUCCCAUGUUCGUCGGCGCUGCAUGGACGGCCUGGGGUGUUAUGAAAAUCCUCAAACUCAUUAAACGAUACAACCCAAAGAGUAUCCUAGAUAGGAGACGCAGGCGCGCAAACUGGGAGCUGGAACCAUUCACACGUCCUCGCGCCCUCACGAAUCCCCUGAAGGGGAUCGUUACGCAGCGCAACUUCAGCCAACUACAGUCGAACUUGUUCAAACUGCCUCUCGACAUUCGUCAGCGAAUCUACCGCGAGUCCGUUGAGCACACGCGGACAAUCCACGUUUGGCGAACCAAUAGGCGGCUUUGCAGUAUCUACUGUGUCGCUGCGAAUCCAGGUCGGAUGGAUGGCAAUGUUGUCCACUGGCGUUGCUCUCCACCUCUUGAUCAGAACGGCCUAGUAGUAGCGCCUUUUCCUCGGAAAUGGCUUUCGUAUCGAUUCCAGGGACUGUUAUGCUCAUGCCGCAGGAUAUACUCAGAAGCACUUGAUACUCUCUAUGGCAGUAACGUUCUUUACUUCGACGACCCGUAUAACCUUCACAAACUAUCCGAAUCUGUUCCCCCACAAAGGUUAGCCUCUAUUCGGCUUGUGCAUAUAGAGGUGCUCGCUUUCCACAAUGGUCAGGGCCUUUCCCAGGUUCUGGCGAACUGGAAAAAGGCCUGCAUUGUUUUGGUGUGGAUGACGGGUCUGCAAAGGCUGCAUGUGGCAUUGGGCGCCGAUCAUCCGGAGACCGAUACUCCCAGUCCCCGUGUGGGGCCUUUUCUAGAGAUAUUAAGAAAGGUCAAGGCCCCUGAGUUUCUGGUGGAGAUUCCGUCUAAUGCAACUCUGGAUGAGAGUGGCCGAAUGGAGAAUGGACGCAAGGAGGUCAUCACGAUGAUCCUCGGAUUCGACAGACAGGUUUAA